UGAUCAGGUCCCUGCUGCCACCUCCUGGGAUGGAGCCCUGAGGAGCCUUAAAGAGACCCUAUGCUUCCCCGACUCUGGCUGGACUCACAGCCUCCUCCAUGCACUGAAGCCCAGGGCUGUGCAGCAGCCUCUCUCCUUGGACCUCCGCUGGGCCCUGGAGGGACCGGGCAGAGCCCCUGGGACCAUGGUUGGACUGAAGCCUUCAGAGGUGCCUCCCACAACGGCUGUGAAGUUCUUGGGGGCGGGCACAGCGGCCUGCUUUGCUGACCUCCUCACCUUUCCACUGGACACAGCCAAGGUCCGCCUGCAGAUCCAGGGGGAGAACCAGGCGGCCCGGAGCACGCAGUACCGCGGGGUGCUGGGCACCAUCCUGACCAUGGUGCGCACCGAGGGCCCCCGCAGCCCCUACAAAGGGCUGGUCGCCGGCCUGCAGCGCCAGAUGAGCUUCGCCUCCGUCCGCAUCGGCCUCUACGACUCCGUCAAGCAGUUCUACACCCCCAAGGGAUCGGACCACUGCAGCGUCACUACCCGGAUUUUGGCGGGCUGCACCACCGGGGCCAUGGCAGUGACCUGUGCCCAGCCCACGGAUGUGGUGAAGAUCCGAUUUCAGGCCAGCAUGCACGCUGGGCCCGGGAGCAACAGGAAGUACAGCGGGACAAUGGAUGCCUACAGGACCAUCGCCAGGGAGGAAGGGGUUCGGGGCCUGUGGAAAGGAACUCUGCCCAACAUCGUGAGGAAUGCCAUCAUCAACUGUGCUGAGAUGGUGACCUACGACAUCAUCAAGGAGAAGCUGCUAAACUACCACCUGCUCACCGACAACUUCCCCUGCCACUUCGUCUCUGCCUUUGGAGCUGGCUUCUGUGCCACAGUGGUGGCCUCCCCAGUGGACGUGGUGAAGACCCGGUAUAUGAACUCACCCCCAGGCCAGUACCGCAGCCCCUUCGACUGUAUGCUGAAGAUGGUGUCCCAGGAGGGCCCCACAGCCUUCUAUAAGGGAUUUACACCCUCAUUUUUGCGUUUGGGAGCCUGGAAUGUGGUGAUGUUCGUCACCUACGAGCAACUGAAACGGGCCUUGAUGAAAGUCCAGAUGCUACGGGAAUCUCCAUUUUGACUAAGACAAGGCCACUUGGUACUUAACUAGGACAAAACCAGUUAAGGAUGGAAUAAAGCAGCGGGUCCACACACACAAGGACAUAGACCCACACAUGUUUACAGAACUGUUUACUUGCUGCUGACUCAAGAAACAGAAGAGGAGGAAGGACUGUGAUCUUCAGUGCUUUGUCUUAAGAACACCUUUGUUUUGCACUGACAAAAUGGAAAAUAAAUUACAUUAAUUUGUGAAACCCA